AAGGCUCUGCUCCUUUAAGGGUGGCUCAGUAGUUGAAGAGGAAAUAGGAAGUCAGUCCAUAACAUUUAGCACAAAGAUCUAAAAACAAAAGGCGUUUGCGAGUGAUGGCAGGAAUAAAAGCUCUUGUUGCGUUGUCCUUCAGUGGUGCACUUGGACUGACCCUUCUCCUUUUGGGAUGUGCAAUAAAGGAUUUUGGACAGUACUGGCCCAUGUUUGUCCUGAUCUUCUACAUUCUGUCACCUAUACCAAAUUUAAUAGCUAAGAGGCAUGCAGAUGACACAGAGUCAAGCAAUGCAUGCAGGGAGCUUGCGUACUUCUUAACCACUGGAAUCGUGGUGUCAGCCUAUGGGCUCCCCAUUGUUCUUGCAAGAUCAACUGUGAUCAAGUGGGGCGCCUGUGGCCUGGUAAUGGGAGGCAAUACUGUCAUUUUUCUGACCAUUCUGGGUUUCUUCCUGACAUUCGGGCGUGGAGAUGACUUCAGCUGGGAACAGUGGUAAAACCCACCUGGAGAAAGUACAUCACGACACUAUAAAUGAUGAAACUUGAAAUAGUUUCCCGUGGUAAUGCUAAUGAACCCAGGCCUUGACAGAGACUGUGUCCAUUGCUUUGUUUUACUCUCGGUCACAUCUGCUCUGUUUCUCUGCUUCUGCCUUUUCACAAUACACAAUACUCAUUCAGCCUAUGCACUCUGUAUAUACAAUGAUUUCCUUCAAUGUGAGGAUGCAUUUAUAGAAAGUAAUUUAAACAGCACAACUUAAAGGCUGAAUCUCUCAAAACCUGUAAUGUAGAGUUUGAGCCAUAUUUCACUCAAAUCAAAAGCAAAAAAAAAAAAGGCCAUAAUAUUUACUUAAAAUUAAGCCUGUUUUAGGACCAUUUAAGUUAUUUUUGUUAUAUUAAAUUUCAAAUUCCCCCCACCCCCUCAUUAACGUACUUGUUUUCUUAAACAUAAUGGAAAAAUUGUUCAUUAUUUAAAAUACAUGUAUACUUCUUGGUGGUAAUGUUUGAAGUGCCUUUAUACAUAAAAGUGCAUAUAUAUGGGGUGAUUUAUGAAAAUAUAUUUUUGUGAGAUUCACACAAUGGUUAAGAAGUCAUUUUGCAAGCCAAUGAAUUUAAAUGCAAAAAAAAAAAUAAUAAUAAUCUUGCAUUGUUAGUACUCGACUACCUUGGUUAAAUUAUUAAUGAUGAUGCUUUUGCUCUACCAGUUAUGAAGGAUAAUUAAUUGACUAACAAUGCCACUAGAGUUAAAGCCACGCUUCGUGUUUGAAAACAGAAGCACGGUAACCAUGGCAGUCAAUCGAGUGUUUUUGCUGAUGCCUUUGUUUUUUGCAUGUCAGUUAUGGAUUGGACCCAUUAAGCUUUAACAUUGAACUUGUAAAUGUUUACAUCAGUUUACCAAAGCAGACAUUUUCCUGCUGUUCUGUUCCUUCAUUCCUUGCUGUACAUCCUCAAGUUUGUAGAAAAAGGAAGAAAAUGUGUGCAGAAUACAAUUAUAAACAGCCUUCCAUUGAUUAUAGAAUCUUCUUUUGUUUAUUACAGUUAGUCUUUUUUAUUAAAACUGUGAUGCAUGCCAUUCUUGAAACAUUUUCUUUUCUUAUAACUGACAUAAUUACAUAUCAAAGCUUAUGAAACACUAAUAUCACAUGAGUGUUAUGUAAUUCAAUAUAGGCUAUGGCGUAAAUGCAAUAUCUGAGAUCCAAUUUCACCUGAAAGGCAUGGUGUUCUGGUUCACACUACUGGUGUUGUCAUUAAUAUUUUAUAAAGGAUUAUGGAUCAUAAGGUUUUCUGUUUCUGUUCUGAGGUUAGACUCUCGAUUUUCAUGUUUUUGAUAUACAUUUGUGACCUUUGAUUCUGUUUAGGACUUUCAAACAGGAUCCAUUUGAUUAUAUGAAUUAAAUACACUUUUUUUUUCUCUCU